GCAGAGUGAAGGUAGGACAGUCAUUUUCUGUCACUUUUUCAAAAAUACAAGCGUCAAUGUUCUUCGGCCCCGGACGGAGUGAAGGUGGCAGGUGUCGGGAGAAUAUGUACAGCGACGGCAGAUCUUAGAGUCAAGUGGAUCAAAAGCACCAUGUCCCUGCACUGAGAACAAGGCCUCAAUUUGCUCGAAGGUCCAGUCGCAUCCAGUCCAAAACUGGGCUGGACCGGCGGUGGGAACACAACCAUUGAGAAGCCAUGAGGAGAGUCCGGAGAAAAGGGGCCAGCAAAGAGAAAGUAUUUGCUUGUGAUCUUCUGGAGCACCUGAAUGCCACUGGUCAGGAGAUCCCUCAAGUGUUGAGGUGCUGCUGCCAGUUUGUCGAGGAACACGGCGUAGUGGACGGAAUCUACAGGUUGUCAGGUGUUUCCUCCAACAUCCAGAAGCUCAGGAGCGAGUUUGAGAGCGACGGGACCCCGGACCUCAGCAAGGAAGUGUACCUGCAAGACAUCCACUGCGUCAGCUCCCUGUGCAAAGCGUACUUCCGGGAGCUGCCCAACCCACUGCUCACCUACCAACUUUACGACAAGUUUGCCGAGGCUGUGGCCAUCCAUCUGGAGGACGAGCGGUUGGUGAAAAUCCGAGAUGUCCUGAAGGAACUUCCGCCGCCGCAUUACAGAACUUUGGAAUUUCUGAUGCGCCACCUCGUCAAAAUGGCCUCGUACUCGUCAGAGACCAACAUGCACGCUAGGAACUUGGCCAUUGUCUGGGCGCCCAAUCUGCUCCGGUGUGGACGCCACACGACGUCUUCAACUUCUACAAUGAGACUUGAGAUUGAAUGGAUAAUCUGUCAAAUCUGCUCUUUAAGGUCAAAGGACAUCGAGGUGUCCGGUUUCAAUGGCACCGCCGCCUUCAUGGAGGUCAGGGUCCAGUCCAUUGUAGUGGAGUUCAUCCUCACACAUGUCCCGGAGCUGUUUCCUGAGCCAACUAUGGCGCACAACAGGAGAAAGUCUCUUCCUUCCCCGACGGCCGUCACCGGCCAGGAGGAAGCCCUCUUCCAGACUCGGCCUCACAUCAGUCCAGGGGAUGGCCCGAUUCCGACGAGACCUUACCACGCCAUCAUUGAAGGCACCACCGAUAAGAGGAAGGGCUCCUUCAAAGGAAGGAAGUGGAUAUCCAUUUUCAAUAUCGGCAGUCGCUUCCACGACCCGAGAAGACGGCACAAACACUCGGCCAAAGAGAAGGACAAGCCGGUGUUACGUCCAGCUCGAAGCAUGGAUUCCCUCAGCGUUUCGACAUAUUCAAAUGAAGAUUCCAUACGUCCUCUGCAGACAACUCGUUCGGCCAAAAUGUCCGUCUUCGAACACGCAGCGUCGCCUAGCCCGUUCGGCGGAAGCGAAUACGCCGUGACCUACCGCAGGGGGACGGGACUUGUGAGCGGGGGCACUCAGGGCACCUACACGACUCUCCACCCCGAAGGCUCGGGUGGCCCGGAAGGCGACUCUGUCCAAUCCAGGUCGCCGGGACUCUCAGCGAAGGCCGGUCGGAGAGCGGCCAUGCACAUCACUGGGCCCACUGUGGUCACGGUGCCGCUGCACAUCACUUCCAACUUGGCUUUGGGCCUUCUACAGGGAGGUGGGACUGGCCGUGUGGUCCACCGUGGCAAGGGUAAGGACGGAGGUCAGGACAGUGGAAAAAUGGAAAUGCCAGUUGAAGUGAGGGAAGAGAGCAAAGAGGUAACACACAGGAAGGAAAUCAUCCUGGAUGACGACAAUACAAAGAACCCAGUUGACAAGGAAGAAGAAGAAGACGAGAACAAAGAAGCACUUGGGAAAGACCGUAGCUCGGAGCCAGCAGCAAAAGAAAGCAAGCGUACGAGUUACAAAGCAGAUGAGGAUGUUUGUCAACAGGAUGUCUACGAAGGAGUGCCAUCAGCCAACGUUUUGGACUCUUCUGGCGUCCUCAAUUCAACCGAGGAUGACCAAGAGCUGUCGGGCUAUGUUGAAGACAACUUUGAAUUUCUGGAUCACAUGGAUUGCAGCGACUCCGAUCAGAUUCCUCUCCACUUCCUGUCAGACUGCGCUUCCCAAGCGAACGUAUUCUCCGUGGAACCUCCCGGACACUCUGACGACGAGUAUGAACUCGCAGAGGAACCGUGUCAUCGCGCCAACGAAGCUGACGCCAGGCUAAGCGUGAGCUCCGAGACAAACCUUCAAAGCCGACCGGAGCUCCAGCGGCCGCGCAGCGUCAACGAGCGCAACGCAAAGUCCUUCAGCUUGCCUCGCAUGACCUCGCCUGCGUAUGAACCUGGAGAAUGUUGCUGUGACGACACAGGAGAUGAGGACACGGCCAACUACUACAGCAGUGACGAAGACAGCAGCUUGUUUGUUAAGAGCCUCCCCGCGGACUUCUUCCUAAACCACGUGUGUGGCCUUGAACCAGAGGAUGAGAGUGCUCCAGUAGACCGAUCGUGUGAGGCGAACCAAUAUAAUCCCACAAACGAUGACAAUCAGAGCCAGGAUGACCUGGACGGAUUAGAAGAGAUGAUACCACAAAGUGAAGAGCAAAUCCACUACUGUGUGGACUUGCAAGAGCACAUUUCAGUUGUUAAGGCCAAUGAAGAUGAUGAUGUUGACAAUGUAAGACGGGAAGAUGAAGGAGAAGCCCAUUAUCUCUCUACUUUUGAGCGUAGUACGAAGAAAGAAACAUGCCCAGUGGAGGAGUUCCUAGAUGUUUCCCAGGAAGCUACAGAGGAGCUUCAGGAUGAUGGAGAUGAAAGUCAAAGGACUGAGGAUGUGAAUCCUGAAACAAUGUCAACAGAUGAUGGCGAGGUACCAAAUUUGGAAGGGACGCGGGAGGAUGUCUUGGCUACAGACGAGACUCACGCAGAGGUCUGGGACGAGCUGGAGGAGGUCGUGUGCCAACUGAUCGAGAAUGAAGAAAGAAAGACUGUGGAGGCCAGCGAGAGCCCAGGGACCGACGAGCUGGAAACAACUGCGGGAAAGGACCUCCCAGAGGUCCAUUUACCAGCCAGAUGUGACCAACUUGUGGCAGAGUUAAUGCCCAAAGAAGACAAAUCAAUCGGAGAGGCAUCUCUGAAAGGGGACAGGGCUGACGAGUCUGCAGGUGGGGGGAAUUUUGACAAGGGAGGACCAGAGAGGUGUGAAAAAGUGAUGGAAUUGUUGCUACCCAAUGAAGACAAAGCCAUCCUCGAGAAAGUGACAGUCACGCCAAGUCGAAGAGAUGAACCCCUGACAGAGAAUGACGGGAUGAUUGAAAACCAAGAAAAAUGUAAACCAGAGGGAGCCGUUAUGGAAAUGUCAGCACCCACAGACAAAUUUGGCAUUUGUGAAGAAGUGACACCAUCACAUUUUACAGAUGUGCCCAUGGUUCUGCAGUCCAGAGGCGUGAGCUUUGAUGAGCAAGGACACAACGGAGCAGUUGCAGAAAUGUCCGUGCCCAAAGAAGACAAACCCAUUUGUGAGGAAGCCACGGUGACAACAAGUCUGAAAGAGCUCAGGUCCCAUGUUCCUGAGUCCACAGAAGGUGUGAGGUUAGAGGAGCGAGGAGUCGGAAGGAAGCUGGUCAUUUCCAAACUGACCAAAGUUUACCAAGUGAAAGCGGUGCCGGUGGUGCCGCCCAAACCCCAACACUGCAAAUUAGCAACCCGGAGCCUGCGACAGCAGCAGCAGCAGCGAGAGAGGAGAGAUGGCGACGCGCCGGACGAUGUGGGUGCCACCUGCGGCAGGGACGCUUCGCGGAACAGCCCUCUCAGCAUGUGCUUCGACGAGGCUGUUGCCAAAGCCAUCAUGAGGCGAGAAAAGAAUGGGAGCGACAGCGCCAACUAGGGCAUGUCUGAGCAAAAAUGGCAACCACAAGUAUUGGGAUGUUUUUAAGGCUAGUCAUUCAUUUUAAGUCAUUCAAAAUGACCUGAUAAAAUGGCAGAGG